GUACCUAGGAAAAUGGUCAGAGGAAAUUCCACCUUGGUGACGGAAUUUAUUCUCUUGGGAUUAACGGAUCUUCCAGAGCUUCAGCCCAUCCUCUUCGUCCUGUUCCUGGUGAUCUACCUGAUCACUGUGGGGGGGAACCUGGGGAUGACGGUGUUGAUCAGGAUAGAUUCACGUCUCCACACCCCCAUGUACUUCUUUCUUGCCAGUUUGUCCUGCCUGGAUUUGUGCUAUUCCACUAAUGUGACUCCCAAGAUGUUGGUGAACUUCUUAUCAGAGAAGAAGACCAUUUCCUAUGCUGCUUGUUUAGUCCAGUGCUACUUUUUCAUUGCCAUGGUGAUUACUGAGUAUUAUAUGCUCGCUGUAAUGGCCUAUGACAGGUACGUGGCCAUCUGUAACCCUUUGCUUUACAACAGCAAAAUGUCCAAAGGUCUCUGCAUCCGCCUGAUCGCUGGUCCGUAUGUCUAUGGGUUCCUUAGCGGCUUGAUGGAAACCAUGUGGACGUACCGCUUGACCUUCUGUGGCUCCAAUGUCAUUAAUCAUUUCUAUUGUGCCGACCCACCCCUCAUCCGACUCUCCUGCUCUGACACUUUCAUUAAGGAGACAUCCAUGUUCGUGGUGGCAGGAUUUAACCUCUCCAACUCCCUCCUCAUAAUCCUCAUCUCCUACGUCUUCAUUCUCGUCGCCAUCCUGAAGAUGCGUUCUGCUGAGGGCAGGCGCAAGGCUUUCUCCACCUGUGGGUCCCACCUGGUGGCGGUGACUGUGUUUUAUGGGACCCUGUUCUGCAUGUACGUUAGACCACCCACAGACAAAUCAGUGGAACAGUCCAAAAUCAUUGCUGUUUUCUACACUUUUGUAAGCCCUAUGUUCAACCCCAUCAUUUACAGUCUGAGGAACAAGGAUAUGAAACAAGCUUUUUGGAAACUCAUGAGAAGAAAUGUGCUUUCAAAGUAA